GUGCUCUUAACGUUUACGUUUAACCACCAUCCGAAUAAUACGAUGCGCAUCACCAGAGACAACUUGCUUCACGCUGCCAAAUCCUUAUGCACUGAUUUCGCAUCCAAGAAAGAUCCUGACGCUCUCAUGACGCAUUUCUCUACGACACACCAAUGCGUAGCAUAUGAACAUGGUUUACCUAUUCUUGCUCCAUUUCUGGGACGUCACUUCGUCGGACGUGAUGGAGUACGAGAUUACUUCAAAACCAUAGCCUCGACUUUGAGCUUUGAGAGAAUGGAGUUUUCAGAGUAUAUCGUUGAUCCAGAAGUCCAGAAAGUUUCGGUGAAGGGCCGAGCAAGAUUCACCUGGUUGAGCUCAGAGCAGAGCUGGGACGAGAUAUUUACAUAUGUGCUGGACUUUGACGACGAUUGCAAGGUCACAGAUUAUCAUGUUUGGGCAGAUACAGGUGCUGCAUACCUUGCUAGCAAAGGUCAGCUGAGCACGGGUUAGGAUUGCAAGUAACUUGAAAUGUUCAAAAGUUUCACAUAUCACAUCUGACGUAUGCGUCCACGGGAUCUAACUAAGCGCCGUACGUGCAUGCCGUGUGCAUCCGAUUGGCAAAACCUGGCUACACCUUUUCCGCCUUGUCUCACCUACCACUUCGUCGG